AAAAAUUAGAUCAUGUGUUAAAAUGGCGGUGUGUAUCCUGUCUUUUUUAUACUUAAAUUUUUUAAUAUAUACUGUCAACGGAUUUGAUUGUUUGUCGAAAGAUAAAAAAUUACAGAUUCAUAUAGUUCCACACACUCAUGAUGAUGUUGGAUGGCUUAAAACAGUCGACGAGUAUUACUAUGGAGCAAAUCGCACAAUACAAGCUGGAGCCGUUCAGUAUAUUCUAGAUACAGUUAUUUUUUCGCUUCAGCAAAAUGUUAACAGAACAUUUAUUUAUGUAGAAAUGGCAUUUUUUGAAAGGUGGUGGAAUGAACAAACUGCAGAAGUAAAAGAAUCUGUAAAAUUCUUAAUUAAAAAUAAGCAAUUAGAGUUCAUAAAUGGAGGAUGGUGUAUGAAUGAUGAAGCGGCUACUCAUUACAAUGCUAUAAUUGAUCAAAUGACUUAUGGACUUCAUUUUAUUGAAAAGAACUUUGGUGAAGAAGCUCGUCCAACUGUUGCUUGGCACAUAGAUCCGUUUGGUCAUUCUGCUGAGCAAGCAUCUUUAUUUUCUUUAAUGUCAUUUGACGGAUUCUUUUUUGGGCGGAUUGAUUAUGCAGACAAAGAAAAACGUAAGAAAGAACAGCGCAUGGAAAUGGUGUGGCAAGGGAGUCAAAAUUACAAGAGCGCUUCACAAAUAUUUACUGGUGUAUUAUACAAUGGUUAUGAUCCUCCUCCAGGAUUUUGUUAUGAUGAGUUCUGUGCUGAUCCUCCAAUUCAAGAUAAUCCAACUCUUUUUGAUAUGAAUGUAAAAGAGCGUGUUGAUAAGUUCGUCGAAGUUACAUGUGAGCAGGCUAAAAGUUAUCAGACGAAUCAUAUUAUGUUAACAAUGGGAUCAGAUUUUCAAUUUGAAAAUGCUCACAGAUGGUUCAAAAAUUUGGAUAAGUUAAUACAUUAUGUUAACCAGGAUGGGAGAGUAAAUGUCUUUUAUUCUACACCUUCACGUUAUUUAAAAGCAUUGCAUGAUGCUGAUAAAGAAUGGGAAGUAAAAAAGGAUGAUUUUUUUCCAUAUGCUCAUUGUCCACACUGCUAUUGGACAGGCUACUUCACAAGUCGACCUUCAUUUAAAGGUUAUGAGCGAGAAUCAAAUUUUAUUCUUCAAGCUUGCAAGCAAAUCGAGGCACUUGCUCCUUCCGGUAAAAGCCAUCCAAGUUCUGAUAUAUUACGGCGUGAAAUGGCCGUUAGUCAACAUCAUGAUGCUGUCAGUGGAACAGAGAAACAACAUGUACAGAAUGACUAUGCAAAACGCCUUUCAAUUGGCAGAGAUGAAUGCCUAAGUCUCAUGCAUCAUGCAAUAAAACUCAAGUAUGAAAAAAGUUCAAAUUUAAAUUCAAUGGAGUUUAAGUAUUGCGACUACUUAAAUAUUAGUGUUUGUGAAAUAACUGAGACAGAAGACUCAAUUGUUGUGAACCUUUACAAUCCUGUUGCUAGAUCUAUUACUACAUACCUAAGAGUUCCUGUUAGAAUGAACAAGCUGUUGGUACUUAAUUCUAAAGGACAACCUAUCAAAUCACAGAUCAUUCCUUUAUCUCGUGAAACAGCAAUAUUGCGUAAGCCCCAUGGGGGCUAUGCAGCCUAUGAUUUAGUUUUUGAAGCAUCUGCACCUUAUAUUGGAUUUUCCACAUACUUUAUUAAUAAAACAUUGGAUAACAAUUUUGCUAGUUUUUUAUCUAAAGACUCAUACAUAUCGUCCUUGAAGUUCCAAAAUGAUUUCAUUGAAAAUGAUAAAUUACGCUUAGAGUUUUCUCGAGAAACUGGACGCCUUGUUAAAAUGAUUCGCAAAGAUCGAGACCUCUCAUUAAAUGUUGAUCAGCAGUUUUUCUGGUAUGAAGGAAGUGUGGGUGACAGCGACAGCGUGCAAACCUCAGGGGCAUACAUUUUCCGUCCAAAUAAAAGUACACCAUAUGAAGUCAAUAGUUUUAACAAAGCACAAGUUCAGUUUGUUAAAGGUCCUCUUGUUGAAGAGAUACGUCAAACAUUUGGUACUUUUGUUAGUCAGGUAAUUCGUUUGUAUAAAGGUGCUGACUAUGCUGAGUUUGAGCAUACGAUUGGUCCCAUUCCAGUUAAUGAUAAAAUUGGAAAAGAAAUUAUUACCCGUUUUGACACUGAUAUUCAAUCUGCAGGCGUAUUUUUCACCGAUGCUAAUGGUAGAGAAAUGAAAGAAAGAAAAAGGGAUUUCAGGGAAACAUGGGAGCUAAAUAUUACAGAACCAAUCUCUGAAAACUAUUAUCCUGUAAACAGUCGUAUUUAUAUAAAAGAUAAGCGAGUCCAGCUUACCGUAAUGACAGAUCGAUCGCAAGGUGGCACAAGCAUCAAGGAUGGACAAAUUGAGUUAAUGGUUCAUCGAAGAUUGUUGGUAGAUGACUUUUUAGGAGUUGGCGAGCCUUUGAAUGAGCCUGGAGUUACUGGGAAAGGUUUAGUUACAAGAGGCAAACACCGUGUUUUGUUAACAACACCAGAAGAAGCUGGUUCUUUUCACAGAGAGCAAGGUUUACAGAUGAUGAUGCAGCCUGUAGUGAGUUUUUCAGCGAAUCCAUACACAAGAGAUAAAUGGUUUCAAUCUUUCGUACCUGUAUAUACAAGCCUUUCUCGUCCUCUUCCUCCAAAUGUUCAUAUGUUGACAUUAGAGACAAUAAAUGAAACAGCGCUUAUAAUUCGAUUUGAGCAUUUUUAUGAAAUCGGUGAAAGUUCAGAGCUUUCAAAGCCUGUGAUCAUAGAAUUAGAUAAGCUGUUCUUUGAGUUUGAAAUUGUUUCACUCACUGAAACAAAUUUGUCAGCUAAUCAGUUGUGGAAAGAUAAAAAACAAUGGAACUGGAAAACUCGUAAAACGCCCCAGUCAAUUAAACAAAAUCUUUCAAAUACUGGUCGUUUGUCUGUCUCGCUUAACCCUAUGGAGAUAAAAACAUUUAUUGCUCAAGUCAAAUAUUAAUAAUAUGUUGUAAUUAAAUCACUAUAGUUAAUUUAUCGUUUUGAUUUCAAUUCAUUUUUUGAUAAUAUCUUUAUAUCAUUUUUUAAGUCAUUUUGAUUAUCUAAAUUUUGAAACACGCAAUAAACAAUUUAUUACAAGCAUUGUGUAAACGAUUUUUUUAAAUAAUAUAUUUGAUAAUAAA